ACCCGCGCGUCAGCCUCCGGGCCCCUAUUAAGCAGCGCCUCGGCGAAACCGAUAGGGGAGGGAAGGGGUUCCGAUCGGAUCGGGGUAAAGGCUUCCACGAGCUCUCGUCUCGACUGCCGCCGCCCGCCCGAGAUGGCGAUCCGCCGUGGGUCCUCCUGCGCCGUCCUCGCCCUGCUCGCGCUCGCCUCCGUCGCCGCCGUCAGCGCCGACGUCUUCUUCCAGGAGAAGUUCGAAGAUGGUUGGGAAAGCCGGUGGGUCAAGUCUGAGUGGAAGAAGGAUGAGAACAUGGCUGGUGAAUGGAACCACACAUCUGGAAAAUGGCACGGAGAUGCCGAGGACAAAGGUAUCCAAACCUCAGAGGACUACAGGUUCUACGCCAUCUCGGCGGAGUACCCUGAGUUCAGCAACAAGGACAAGACACUCGUGCUGCAGUUCACGGUGAAGCAUGAGCAGAAGCUUGACUGCGGUGGUGGUUACGUCAAGUUGCUUGGAGGUGAUGUUGACCAGAAGAAAUUCGGUGGUGACACACCCUACAGCAUUAUGUUUGGACCAGAUAUCUGUGGGUACAGCACCAAGAAGGUUCACACUAUCCUUACCAAGGAUGGCAAGAACCAUUUGAUCAAGAAGGACGUGCCUUGCGAGACUGAUCAGCUGUCGCAUGUGUACACUUUGAUCAUCCGCCCUGAUGCCACAUACAGCAUUCUCAUUGACAACGAAGAGAAGCAAACUGGAAGCAUCUACGAGCACUGGGAUAUUCUUCCUCCCAAGGAAAUCAAGGACCCAGAAGCUAAGAAGCCAGAGGACUGGGAUGACAAGGAGUACAUUCCCGAUCCUGAGGACGUCAAGCCAGAGGGCUACGAUGACAUUCCCAAGGAAGUCACCGAUCCUGAUGCUAAGAAGCCUGAGGAUUGGGAUGAUGAGGAAGAUGGUGAAUGGACUGCCCCAACCAUCCCCAACCCAGAGUACAAGGGCCCAUGGAAGCAAAAGAAAAUCAAGAACCCUAACUACCAGGGCAAAUGGAAGGCACCUAUGAUUGCCAACCCAGACUUCAAGGAUGAUCCUUACAUCUAUGCUUUCGACAGCCUGAAGUACAUCGGAAUUGAGCUGUGGCAGGUUAAGUCAGGAACUUUGUUUGACAACAUUCUCAUCACUGACGAUGCUGCUUUGGCUAAGACAUUUGCUGAAGAGACCUGGGCCAAGCAUAAGGAAGCUGAGAAGGCUGCUUUCGACGCUGCUGAAAAGAAGAAGGAAGAGGAGGAUGCUUCCAAGGCUGGUGAGGACGAUGAUGACUUGGAUGAUGAGGAAGCCGAUGACGAGGACAAGGAUGACAAGGCUGGGUCUGAUGCGGAGUCUGAUGACGAGAAGCACGAUGAGCUCUAGAUGGAUGGCGAGGAAGGAUGAGAGGAGGCCGCCUGCCUUCGCGCCGCUGCCAGGAUUUAUUAGUUGUCUCUCAUUAUGAUGUUCCCUUUUUUGUGAUCAGAAACUUGACAAGUUACUGUGUGUAGAAGAACAACAUCACCGUGGGGUCUUUUAGCGCUUUUGUAGUCCAAUUUUUACCGGAAGGGAACUUAUAGCGUUAAACCAGCAAAAAAUAAAAAAUCUUGCACUA